CUCCCGGCGCCCUCGGAGCCAGAGCAGCGCUCGGAGCUCAGAGCUCGCUUUCCCUCGCCGCUGUCGUCGCCGCUGCCCGCCGGCCCGCCCUUGGCGCGUCCCCGCCCCGCUCUGCUCCGAUCCCUGCAGCCGUCCCGGAGCGCGCUUACCUGUCGCUGCGAACACAGUAUCCCCGUUGCGGCACCGCGGCGAUGGCCACCAAGAUCGACAAAGAGGCUUGCCGGACGGCGUACAACCUGGUGCGCGACGACGGCUCGGCCGUCAUCUGGGUGACUUUUAAAUAUGACGGCUCCACCAUCGUCCCCGGCGAGCAGGGAGCGGAAUAUCAGGACUUCAUCCAACAGUGCACAGAUGACGUCCGAUUGUUUGCCUUCGUGCGCUUCACCACCGGGGACGCGAUGAGCAAGAGGUCCAAGUUCGCCCUCAUCACAUGGAUCGGCGAGAAUGUCAGCGGGCUGCAGCGCGCCAAGACCGGCACGGACAAGACCCUGGUGAAGGAGGUGGUGCAGAAUUUCGCCAAAGAGUUUGUGAUCAGUGAUCGGAAAGAGCUGGAGGACGACUUCAUCAAGAGCGAGCUCAAGAAGGCGGGGGGAGCCAAUUACGACGCCCAGACGGAGUAACCCCCGCGCACCCCGCCCCUUGCCAAAGUCAUCUGCCUGCUCCCCGGGGGAGGGGACCACGGCCUCAGCUACCAGCCCACCAGCCCACCAGGGAGAGGAGACGCCAAGAGAGGCAGCGCCCACCACCCCGUCCAAAACCCAGCUCCCCUCCCCGCUUCCCUUGUGCACCUGCCAUGUCCUAGCCCACGAAGCUCAUGGAACAUCUUUCUUUUCUCUUUUUUUCUUUCUUUCCCCCCCUCUUUCUUGUUCUAAAGAAAAAUCAUUUUGAUGCCGAGGUCACGCACAUCAUCAGAUCAGAGGUGCCUCCCAUGGUGACCCUUUCCUGGUAUUUCACUGACGCACAAGCAGCCUGCCCGGCCUCACCCACCAACCUCGUGUUGCUUGUGGCGCCUGGGCCGUGGCUGCUAUCCUGGUUUUCCUCGGCGCCUGACUGCUUCCUGCUGAGGAGGCAGCUGUGCCCUCGACGGCGCCCUCCACAAGCACACAUGUGUCCCGCUGGCCAGGCUCACACCCCCGAGAGUCGCUCCAGAGUCCCCACCCCCCCAUCCCAAGUUGCCUAAGCUCCAGGCUCAUCAGAGAUGGUGCUCCGUGGUGAGACGUGCAGGGCUGACUCAGACCGAAAGAGAAGAGAGAAAUUUUGCCUUAAAAGUUGCCUGGCUUUGCCACCGGUCUGAAGUGGCCCGUUCCCACCCUCUUGAUCAAAAAUCUCACGAUGGCGUGGAGUGGGGACAAAGGUCUAAGUCCAGAUUCAACAGGAGGAGUCUUUCAGGGUUCACUUCCCGGGCUCCCCAGGUGAUGAGGACAUUAGGGAGAGAGGCCCGGGGUGCGGGAUGGGAACUGAGGUCCAGUCGGUCCUCUGCCCGACGGCACGGACAGCAGGGGACAGAGCGUGUACAGCAGGAGCCCCACCCUCUCGGGACCAGAAAGUCUGUGGUUUUAAUCCUUAGCACCACACCGUCUUUUUUUCAGAGAAAGAUGAGAUUGGCUUGGUUCUUCGUGAGCACGUUUGGUAGCAUUCUUUUUCUCUUUUCCUUGCUCAUUUCGUUGGGGGACGUCUGUGCUGUGUUGGGGUCUUGAAUAGCAUCCGCACUCAAAACGGUUUACAGAAAUAAAUGGGUUUUUUGUUUUUCAAAAAACGAGGCUGUCUGAUUGGUCUUAUAAAGCUUCUCACUUUACUGGAAAAACGAAGGCGGUUGUCGUAUUCAGAUUUAAUCGGCAUUCACGGAGCUAUUGGGGGCUGGGCGUAUUCUUAUUCCAUAGCUUGUUUAAUUUUUAGCAAUAACCGUAAGAGAUAGGUGCUGUUGGGGACUUCCCUGGCAAUCCAAUGGUUAAGACUCCGAGCUCCCAAUGCAGGGAGCAAGGUUCGAUCCCUGGUCAGGGAACUAAGAUCCCACAAGCCUCACAGUGUGGCAAAAAAAAAAAAAAGAUAGAAAUAGGUGCUGUUGGCAUCCCCAUUUUAUGGAAACUGAGGCUCAGAGAGUCUCAGUGAUUCACCUGAGGCCACCCAGCUGGAAGGUGGCAGAGCUGGGAUUCGAACCUGGGUCUCCCAGUGGCCCUGGUGCUGUAGCUCAUGAGGGGAGUGGAGAGGCCCUGGAUUGGAGAGAGAGAGGAGAUGGCAGGAUUGUGAUGUGUCUUGUGUGGUCAGAAGCCUCCUCUCUGUGUGUUCAGGAAAAGCUGGGAGAAAGCGUCCUCCUCAGCUGGGCUGUGACUUCCUUUAUGAGGUUGUCCUAGAGCUUCAAAACGGGAUUUCCAGCAUGCCAGCCCCAGUGGGAAUGCAGAAUCAGGCCAGAGGAGUUUCAGAUGCACAACCGGGUUUGGAGGAGCUGGGAGUGGGGAGAGGAGGGUGCGGGGAAAGGGCGGAAACCGAAAUCAGAGCAGGAAGGAAUCCUGCAAGAUGUGGGCAAGGCUGGAGGUCGCCCAAGCCCCAUCCCCAGCCAUGCCCCUCUGCUCACAGCUGUGUGGCUUUGGGCAAGUUAGCUAACCUCCCUGGGCCUCACUUCUCUCAUUUGCGAACUCCUUAAGGAGCAGCGAGGAUUCUGAGGGUAUCCAGCAGGGCUCAGCCCUCAUCCCGUCCGGCCUGCCACUAGGUCUUGAGAGCUCUGGGUGCCCCAGUUUUUCCCUAAACCUAGAGCAAAGGGAGCCAAAGUAGGUCUCUGACUUCCUGGCCUACGGGCUUUUAGCUCUGGUCAGAGAACUUGGGAUAAUUACACAUGUAGAUAAACCCCUUCGGGAAGAAGAGCCAGGUUCAGUGAGAGUAAAUCACAAAGGGACUGGGCCUGGUUGGGGGCAAGGGAGGGCCUCCCUGAGGAGGUGACACCUGAGGACUGCAGGAGAGGAGGGAAGCAGGCAAAGGGGUGGAGGGACAAAGGCUCCUGGGGAUGUUUGCCCAGGGGAAGAACAAAGAGGGUGGAGCUGGGUUUGUGUGUCAAGGAGCUUGGCUUUAAUUGAAAGCUGAAGCUCCGGCCUUGGCUGGGAUUUCAGAGAGUGCCUGAUGGGAUCUCGGGGUCUUCAAGGGCAGAGAGGCUUUGCCUUUAUCUCUUUAUCCCCCUGUAACUAGCAUCCAGCAGGUGUCUGGUCACGUUGCCUGGAGCUGCCUCCACCUACUCCCAACGCUGCCCAGGGCCCAGAUGCCCCGGGUUGGCCUCCAUCAGGGCCUGGCAGGGGUUGGGGCGGAGCUCUGGGUAUUCCUUGCUCACAGAUGCUCUGAAUUACUUGACGCGUUGGGCAUUCAGCAGCUGUUCCAGGUUAUCCCAAACUGACGGGUGUAAAACAACCACCAUGUUUUGCCCUUGAUUUUGUAGAACCAGAAUUUAGGAAGGGCUCAGCUGGGCGAUUCUUACUAGCAGGGUCUCUCCUUUGGCUGCAGUCGGAUUGACUGGGCUGGAAGCCCAGGCUGAACGUGGCCGGCAGCUGUUGCUGGGCUGUGUAUCAGAGCACUCAGCUUGUCCUGCCACCGUGGUAUCAGGCUGUGGCCUUCCUUUUUUUUUUUUUUAAUGUAUUUGAUUGACGUAUAGUAGAUUUACAAUGUUGUGUUAAUUUCUACUGUACAGCAAAGUGAUUCAGUCAUACAUACAUUCUUUUUCAUAUUCUUUUCCAUUAUGGUUUAUCACAGGAUAUUGAAUAUAGUUCCCUGUGCUCUACAAUAGGACCUUGUUGUGUAUCCAUUCUCUAUGUAAUAGUUUGCAUCUGCUAAUCCCAAACUCCCAAUCCAUCCCUCCUCCACCCCCCUCCCCCUUGAUAACCUCCAGUCUGUUCUCUGUGUGCGACUCUGUUUCUGUUUCAUAGAUAAGUUCAUUUGUGUCAUAUAUUAGAUUCCACAUAUAAGUGAUAUCA